GGAUGAAACGGCCGUCCAGUGCUUCCAGGUUUUCCAUGGUGGUCUAGCUUCAACUGUCUCAUGAUCUUAACCAUUGAAAUUACUAUCAUAUCCACAAAACCCAUCUGAUACCUUUUAAUUCUCUUUUUCUUUUUCCUUUUUUUUGAUAUCUUGUUACAUUUUACAAUAUGUUACCCAUCUUCAUUAUUACCUAUAAUAACUUAUAAGGUACAAAUAUAAGAAUAGGAAAAACUAAAACGUUCCGAUUUUCCUUCUUUUAAAAAAAAUAUUUUAAUAAUUUUUAGAUAAAAAAAUAAACAAAAUAUUUUGACAGAUGAUAAAAAAAAGAAAAAAAUAUAUAUUUAUCAUUAUGGUAACAAUCCCAUCGAUUAUGAAUGAAAACAAACAAAAAAAAAACAAAAAAUAAAACCAAUGAUUGUCUGAAAUUGAGUUCGAAGAAUAGACUUUAAUGCAUCAGUCAAUUGUUUAUCAUGGAAUCAUCAUCUUGUCAAUUCAUCAUCUUAUUACAUUAUCAAUACAUCAGUAUUUCAAAAAAAAGACUUUUUUUGUUGUCACUCAUUUUCUUUUUCCAGUUACUAUCCAUAAUAAUUCAAAUUUCUAAUGACGUCUAAUCAGUUACUAUCCAAAAUAAUAUUAUUCAUACUGAUAUUAUUAGUGAUUAUUCAAUUAACUAAUUCAAUUACAAUCAAUAUCAAUGAUACCAAUACUAAUUAUUCUAUUGAUAAUUCAAUCAAUAAUAAUAAAUCAAUAUCCGAUCAAAUGUUAUUAGAAAUUUAUACAACAUGGAUUGAUUUUGCUAAACAUUUUGUUCCUACAGCAUUAUUUGUUGAUCGUUAUGUAACAAUCAUUUAUUAUAUAUUAGGUUUUCCAGGUAAUUUUAUCUCAUUAAUUAUAUGGUCUAAUAAAAAAAUGAUCAAAGAAAAUUCUGCUGCUGUUUAUUUAGCUGCAUUAUCAUUAAAUGAUAUAAUUGUAUUAAUAUUUGCAUUAAAUAGAGAUUUAUCACGUGUAUGGCAAAUACGUGAAUAUUUAUUACCUGGUUCAUGUGAAAUACAAAAUAUUUUAUCACCAGCUGUACAAUAUGCAUCACCAUUAUUUGUACUUGCUUUUACUAUUGAACGUUGGUUAGCUAUAUGUAAACCAUUUUAUAUUGAUAGAAUAUGCAGUUCAAAAAGAGCAAUUUAUAUAUGUAUCAUUAUUAUCAUUAGUACAAUCAUAGUAUGUUCUGGUUAUGCAUAUAUAUUUAUAACAGAAACAAAUACAUGUAGUAAACGACAUAUUAAUCCAUUAAUUAUAAGUGUAUAUUUAUCGUGUUUAGAAGGUGUAUUUGCUGGUGUUGUACCAUUAUUAGUAUUAAUAUUUAAUUGUUUAGUCAUAAAAGAAUUAGCUAAAGUUCAUCAUGCUAAUAAACAAUUAGCUAUUAUGUCAAAUCAUUUAUCAUCAUCAUCAUAUUGUUCAACAUCUCAAUCAAAUAUAAUAAAUAAUAAAAAUUCACCAAAACCUUCAUAUACUACUACUACUCAUAAUAAUAAUAAUAAUAAUCACCAUGGGAAUAAAAUUAAAUUAUAUUUUAAAAAUAUUUUCACUAAGCAACUAUCAUCAAAUUCAAUAAAAUCAAAUAAAAAAAUUAAUAAAACUUCAUUAAUAUCAAAUGAAAAUUCAUUAAAUUUUAUUCCACAAUAUAAUUCAAUCAAUUCAAUCAAUCAUAAUAAAUCAAUAAUCAAUGAAAAAUCAAUAAUUUCUAAUCGUAAUAAUAAUAAUGAAUUAAUUCAUAUAAAUUAUAAUGAUUCAUAUAAAAUUUCACAUAAUAAACGUACUAGUCCAAGUUUUAAAUCAACAACAUUAAUGCUUUUAACAGUUAGUUUUUAUACAAUUUUAACAACAUUACUUGGUGGUCUUGUUUAUUUAAUUCAUCAAACACAAGAAGAGCCUAAUAUGAAUGCAACAGAAAAAGAAGCUUUAGAAGAUCCUAUUUGGAAUCAAUAUUUCAAAAUGAUUACAAUUAAAGCAUUUGGUGAUGAGAUUGCAUUAUCACAUUAUGCAUUUAGUUUUAUCAUUUAUUAUGCAACUGGAUGUAAUUUUCGUCAACGUGUACAUCAAUUAUGCAAAAAUGUAUUUUAUAAAUUAGGUUGUCGUUGUCAUAAAUUAAUGAAACUUGGUAUAAAUGAAGAAAGUGAUAAUAAUAAUAAUAAUAUACCAUCAAUUACUCGUCGUUCACAUAAUCGUUUAUUAACUAAUCAUGAUAGACAAGAUGAUCUGGAUUUUACAAUUCAUACAUCAUCACAAUAUCGUCAAUCAAAAAAAUUGAUUGAUUAUCAAAAAUCAAUUGAAAUGGAUCAAUCUAUAGAAUCAAAGUAAUACAAAUUUAUUUAAAUCAUCUAGUAUAUAUCAAAAAGUAGAUUUCAAUGAAUAAAUCAAUAUCUUCAAGAGAUAAUGCCAUGAAGAAUAUAAAAAGUGUUGAAUAUCUCUUAAAUGUUCAAGUUGUAAUUCCUUGAUGUUAUACAUCGAAUAUCCUUGAAAAAUAAUCAGACUUCAAAGAGUAAACAAACAAACAUCACAAAAAACGUCUACAGGAAAGUUCAAGACAAAAAAAUCACUGUCAAACACAGUACAAACCAUAAAACAAUAUCAUAGUCUGAUAUGAAUGUAAUCAAAUUGUUUACUAUAAUUAACGCAAUAUUAAAAUACCAUAGAAAUGAUUAUUUUUUAAAAGAAAAAAAUGUUUUUUUUGUUGGUUCAACCCAAAUUUCUUUCUAUAUUUUCUUCAAUUUUUCUUUUUCCUCUUUUUCUUUGUUGGAUACAAGAUUAAAGCAUUUUGAAUUCUGGUACUAUUGUUUCCUUGCUCCUUGAUUCCAUUGAUUGACAGUUAAUAUAUAUGUAAUCGGUUAAGACUAAAAUGAUCCAUUGGCAAUGAAACAUUUAAACCAAUUAGUCCCUUUUGAUAAAUUUCGAUAAUGUAAUAAAAACAUAAAAAUGAUCCGAACUAUGUGACGAUAUAUUAACCCAAUCACAUAGUUCUGAUAAUCUACUUAUUCUUAUUACAUGAUCAAAAUGAAAUAUUGAUUUCCUUUCAUUUUGAUACAUUUAUUAAGUGCAUUAUAUGUUCAUGGUUUCAUUCAUGAUUAUUUCUAAAACGUCUUUGUAUAUAUGAACGUGUGUAAAACAAAAUCACUACGACCACCACCACCACCAACAACAACAACAACAAGAUAAUAAUAAUAAUAGCCAUAGCAACUAUUAUUAUUAUGACUAUUUGCAUAUAUCUUGUCAUUUAUUAAUGUAUUUCUUAUUUAUUUUCUUUAAUUAAAUAAUUAAAUUUUGUGUUCAUUCAAUAGGUUUCAAAUGUGAAUAGUUUCAUUGAAUUCUAUCCAACAUUUUUAAUAUUGAUACUUCAAUUACAUAUUUUCUUUGUUGUUGUGUAUUAUCCUGUUAAAAAAAAGAGAUAAGAAUUGAUAAAAUAAAAUAUGCAUAAGAUGAAUAUAUCACAGAUGGUAAUAAAUGACAUAAUGAUUAAGCAUUUUAAUGCAUCAGGGUUUAUUGUGUAUGAUAUUGAUAUAUCUACCAAUAUUCUGGUUAGUAUGAAAGUACUUUAUAAAGUUAUUAUUAGUUGAAUGGUUCUUGAGACCGAUGACGGAGAUUUUAAAGACCGUUAAAUGAUUCGAAGAAUUUCUAUCCAAUCAAAAUCAAAUUCAAUGAAUUAUACUCUUAUAUUAAAGAUUACUUUCUUUGAAUCAGAUUUGUGUAAAUCAAUUUGAGAGAAGAGUUAAAAUCUUCCCUCACCUUUUUUUUCCAGAUAUUUAUGAAUUACUUCAAAUUGUUCAAGCCUAAUCAUUCAUUCACUAUAAAUCGUCAACAAAAAUUAUUAUUUUCAACUAUUUUUCUUUUUAAGCAAAGAUGAAUAGUAGCUAGCAGUGGAAUCCAUGACGUGCGUUUCGUCCUAUUCCGGUUUUGUCAGCUGGAUAUACCUGCGUCUUAGAGUUGAUAUUUAAUCUGGGACUCGAACAAAGUACCGUUCGCUUCAAACGCCAUCAGGUUAUCCAUCUAGCUCCUGAGUGCCGAUAGCUACCUGAUUGUGCAAUGGGGUGAAGUUUAAAUUCACUUGAUGUUGUUUUACUUGUAUCUUCCCAUUAAUAUUUAAGACUGCAAUUGAUCAGUCUUUUUGUUGACAACAAUGCAAAUAUCUUUUAAUGUAAAAAUUGUUUACUCAUAAUUGAAAAAUAUGAAAGAGAUUGAAAUCAGUAUAGUGAGAUUUUAAAGCAAUAGCCAUAGUAAUGUUUUUAACCAAUGAGCCUAAAAAAAUCUAGAAUGAUUUAUGUUAAUUAUAGUCAAAUCAAAAUGGAAUAUGUGCAGAAUAUAAUGAUAAACGAUAUAUGAAUGUGAUUUGUU